AUGCGCCAGACACCAAAAACACGGUUGAUAGAGUCGAUCAUCUGUCGUCGCUACUAUCAAGAUCGAGGUUCUGAUGGUACCUCUCUGGGAGCCUUUUCGUCCCAGCUUUUAGCUCUAGAGAUCGACGAGAGCCUGUGCAAAGUACAUGCUAUCCAAGCGGAGUUGGCAAUGACGAAAGCCUGGCUGAAGAUUGGGGAGAAUUUACUCACAUUGGUCCUCGCCAUUCCAUUUGGUCAUCUAGCAAACCGAAAAGGCCGCAAUUUUGUGCUCACCUUAGGUAUGGUUGGCCAGAUGAUGUCCGAAGCUUGGAUUAUCAUCGCCUGUUCUCUGAGCAACCAGCUGCCGUUUGAACUUAUCUACUUCUCUGUAUUCCUGAAAUCGGCCGGUGGGGGUGCUAUGGUUUUAUCCGCUCUUGUCCACGCCAUUCUCUCUGAUGUCAUGUCUCGAGAUAGGCAAGGACAGGCUUUUUUUUAUCUGGCAUCUUCUAGCCUUUUAACGGAGGUGAUUGCGCCCCCGCUUGGAUCCAUUCUGAUGGAGGCAGGAAGCCCUUAUACACCACUAUUGUCUGGUUUUCCGCUGGAGCUGCUGUCUUUAAUAUUCAUAGUUCAGAUUCCAAACACAGCGAAGCACGAGGAGGAACACCUCGUAUCUGCCGCCUCUCCUUCAGCUAGAAUUUAUAGUGAAGAGUCCGACUUUGAAACCAGGGCGGUAAAUACUAGUAUAACCAGGGAGGAUCGUGAUAUUACCGGUUCAGAAACGAAGCAACGGGGUCUCGGUAACCAGUUAAUCCUUGUUUGGGAAAUGAUGACUCGGAACAGUGAUAUCCUGCGAAUUACUGUCGCCUUUCUUGUCACCACGCUCGCUCGUGAAACCUUAGAUUUCGUGGUUCAGUAUACAUCUGAACGUUUUGGCUGGAGUCUAUCGAAGGUAGGCUCGUUUUCUUUCGUUCCCCAUUCGGCCCUGUUUUUUCUAAUAGAAAUGGACGAUUGA